AUGGAAGGGUCCAUCCGGCUCCUGGCCUGCUUGGUGUGCAUCCUCCCGAUGGGAUCACUUGUGAGAACUAAGAGAGAUACCACCGGGAACUUGCUCAACACAGAGGUGCACAGUGCCCCGACGCAGCGCUGGUCCAUGCAGCUGCCGGCCGAGGUGAGCGCGGCGGCGGGCGAGGCGGCCGUGCUGCCCUGCACCUUCACGCACCCGCACCGCCACUACGACGGGCCGCUGACGGCCAUCUGGCGCGCGGGCGAGCCCUUCGCGGGCCCGCAGGUGUUCCGCUGCGCGGCGGCGCGGGGCAGCGAGCUCUGCCAGACGGCGCUCAGCCUGCACGGCCGCUUCCGCCUGCUGGGCAACCCGCGCCGCAACGACCUCUCGCUGCGCGUGGAGCGCCUCGCCCUGGCCGACGAGGGCCGCUACUUCUGCCGCGUGGAGUUCGCGGGCGACAUCCACGACCGCUACGAGAGCCGCCACGGCGUCCGGCUGCACGUGACCGCCGCCCCACGGAUCAUCAAUAUAUCGGUGCUGCCGGGGCCCACGCACGCCUUCCGCGCGCUCUGCACGGCCGAAGGGGAGCCGCCGCCCGCCCUCACCUGGUCCGGCCCGGCCCUGGGCAACCGCUCCACCGCCGCGCGGGGCCCGGGUCAGGGUGUUGGCCACCAGGUGACCGCCGAGCUGCCCGCGCUGGCCCAAGACGGUCGCUACACGUGCACGGCCUCCAACAGCCUGGGCCGCGCCGAGGCCAGCGUCUACUUGUUCCGCUUCCACGGCGCCUCCAAGGCCUCCACCGUCGCCCUCCUGCUCGGCGCGCUCGGCCUCAAGGCGCUGCUGCUGCUGGGCGCGCUGGCCGCCUGCGCCAGCCGCCGCCGCCUAGAGGAUCCAGUCACCCAGGACACUCCACCACGGCCUCAGGCUCAGGAGUCCAAUUAUGAGAAUUUGAACCAGAGGAGCCCGCGGAGUCCACCCGCAGCCACGUGUCCACCACGGGGAGCCCCUCAGACACAGGCAUCCGCUUGUGCACCAUGA